AAAUACUUUUAUUUUGAACGUUUGUUACAAGCAAAAUGUGGAAGUUAUUAGGUCUAUUAAUCGGCUGCUAUACAGCAUGUGCUAUUGCUGCUGCAAAGUCUGGUUGUUCUAUAAAAUUGCCCACCGAUAUUAAAGGAUUUGCUCCCGUUAUUUUGACUUCUAAGUCAGGCAAUGACUUUAAACUCUUCAAACCCACCGGUGAAGUAACCACCCUAAAAGAAGGCACUCAAUUAUUAUUGGCUUGUACCGGCAAUAAAAAUGUUUUUGAGAAUACUACUUUCAACACCCUACAACUGAAAUGUUCCAAAGGCAAUUUUGUGGAUUCGAAUAAUAAUGAGCAACCUCUCAGUGAGUUGGUGUGCAAAUCAAUACCCAGUUCUUCAAUGAAAAUAACUACCGACGAGUGUUCGCAUGGUGAGGGUUAUAUUUAUGAAACGGGUUUCAUUGUUGAGGGUGCAUUUUAUGGACCAGUAUUUGAAAUAUGCUACAGUAAUGUUACGGAGAAUACUUUUUACACCCGCGGCAUUUUAAAUGGCGCUGCUAUGGAUUACUCCAUUUCAGAAGGUACCCGCCGUUCCUUCACCGCCGAUGGCAUGAAAUUCACCACCACCAAAGCCAAUACAUUCUACACACAGAAAAAUCAAAUCAAACGUUUUGAAAUGUAUUUCGGCAGCGAUCAAACCUACAUCGAUACAAAGAACUUUCUGGCCCGUGGCCAUUUAGCGGCCGAUGCUGAUUUUAUUUUCGGCUAUGAAAAACUGGCCACUUACUAUUAUGCCAAUGUGGCGCCCGAAUUUCAGCUUAUAAAUGCCGGCAAUUGGCUGAGAGUUGAGGAAUUGGCACGUGCUGUCUCCGCCUCCUAUAAGGAUGACAUUGAAUCCUAUAAUAGUUAUAUGGGUAUUUUGGAAUUACCCACAGAGAAUGGUGAUUUAGUAGAGAUCUAUUUGGAUGAUACGCAAAAAAUCGAAGUUCCUAAGUAUUACUUUAAGGUUUUGGUACAUCGGGCCAGUGAUUCGGCUAUAGUUUUUGUCACCGUUAACAGUCCCUAUAUAGAGGAUGGUCCGGCUGAGGAAGUUUGCACGAAUGUGUGUGAACAAUCGGGUAUAUUGCAUGCCAACUUCCCAGAUACCACAAAAGGUUAUACAUUCUGUUGUGAAUUGCAUGAGUUCAAAUCGUUGGUCGAUUGGUUGCCCGACGAGGUUCAAGGUAGUAAACUCAUGAAACGUAAUCUUUAAGAUGUUUGUUAUUUUUUUUUUUUGAAUGAAAUGAGAAUAAAUGUUG